GAGCAGAGUUCAUGGUUUCAUUAAUUAUGCCAAGGGAUCCAGUUCCUGAAGCUGCAAUGCAGCACUGGAAAGCAUAAAUGUUUUUAGAAAAUGUGAGUCUGUUCCAAGUUUCUGGAGUCCCAAAGACCUGGAAAUGAUUUUGUUUGCCUUUUUUCUGGACUGAUAAAUGACCGUUUUUCCUCUGUUCUUAACUUUUUUUUAGAUCGAAGCCAGGAUUUGUUGCUUUUGGAGAUAAUUUAGGCUACUUCAUGUCGUCAGACGGGAACUAUUUAAGUGACUUCCUGCAGGUCAGCUGGAUUACUUCUUUAAGUAAGCCUGGCUUGCUUUGGAUAGUUUUUUCUUUCGUAAUACUGUAAAAACAGUCAGUUGAAAACUGCAUUUUGUGUUCAUUCAGGUUAUCUUUGUCUUCUAAUAAAAUUAGUUUAAUGAACUCGAACCUGGGGCAUCUGCAUCAAGGACUGAGGCCUCCAUACAUGUGUCGCUGCUCUACCGCUACACUACGCUACACAAUGCCAUGCCCUCAUCCGAAACAUUUAAGUAUGACUAAAAAGUUAAAAACGUUUUCACAGCAGUGUGUGAGCUUUGCAACAACUGUUUCUAAAAUCUUGACAUUGGGCUGUGACUGUUUGGAAGAGACUGGUCUAUGAAACUGGUGGUUGGUUCACAUUUUGUUGUACUAACACAGCCAUAAAGUACAGGAAAUUGACUUCAACCACAAACAUGAGUCAGGGCUUUCCUCUGAAAAGAACAAGCUUCAGGUUACUUUAAAAGGUCAUUUACUGCGGCCUAACCUGAUGUGGGUUUACGGAGGGCUGAUCUCUGCAGACUUUACCUGGGAGGGCCCAUCAAAUGUGCUGGCUCUGAUUGGAGGCUUCAGGGUGUAGCAGGUGAAACCUGAGAUGCUGGUUUCUGCACACCUGUGAGCUACGCCCAUCAUUGUCCCUUCCUGUUUCAAUUCAGUGCGUGCGUGUAAGUGCAAUGGCAGCCGCAACCAUCUCUGUAGAACAGGAUCAGUUUUGCUGUCCCGUGUGUUUGGAGGUCCUGCGAGACCCCGUGACAAUCCCCUGCGGACACAGCUACUGUCUGGACUGCAUUGAAGACUACUGGAACACAGCAAAGCAGAAGGACCAGUACAGCUGCCCUCAGUGCAGGCAGGUGUUCAAUCCAAAACCCCUGCUGAGCAGGAACACUGUUCUGGCCGAAGUGGUGGAAAAGCUUCUGAAAAGUGAAGUUCAACCUACGUCUCAGCACCUGGCCAAACCCGAGGAGGUGAAAUGCAGCGUCUGCAAGGGCAAAAAGAACAGAGCAGUAAAAUCCUGUCUCCUGUGCUUGGAGUCCUUUUGCCCGACUCACCUGAAAGGACACGAAGAGCACUUUCACAGAAAAGGCCACAAGCUGAUCCCGGCCACAGAGAGGCCGAAGGAGAAGCUGUGCCAGCAGCACGAAAAGUUACUGCGACUGUACUGCCACAACGACCAGCAGUGUGUGUGCUCGCAGUGUGUUAAGGAGAGACACAAGGGCCACAACACUGUGCCGGUGGUGGAGGAGAGGACCAGUCAGCAGAAAAAACUCAAAGAAACCUCUCUGAAGUCAGUGCAGAAACUGAAGGAUGCAGAGAAGGAACUGAGAUAUGCCAUCAGAUACAUGAAGCACUCCACUGAGGCCGUGGUGGAGGAGAGCGAGAGGAUUUACUCCAAGCUGAUUCGAUCCAUUGAGAAACAAAGCAGAGAGGUGAAGGAGAUGAUCAAAUCCCAGGAGAGACUAGUGGUCUCCCAGGCCGAGGAGACGCUGGAGAAGAUCCAGAGGGAGAUGGCUGAGCACAGGAGGACUGAGGAAGAGCUGGAGAGGCUGUCUCGCACAGCGGACCACACCCACUUUCUCCAGAAGUGCAAGUCUCUUCAUUUCCCCAUGAAGACGGUGGAGAUGCCCAACACGGAUGCACUCACGUAUUUUAUGUACAGAACAAUGAGAGACGCCCUCGGUGAUCUGAAUGGAGGCCUGGAUGAAACACUUCAAAGAGAAUUCAGCCGAGUUUCUGAUAAAGUAAACUCAUUAAAGGAGAGCACCAAUCCAAAUAUCCCUGAAAAGACUAACGUUAAAGAUGCUGACAUUCCUUACACUACAGAACCAAGGAAAAGAGCUGAUUUCCUUCAACAUUACAAUGAUUUGACUUUGGACCCCAGCACAGCCAACCCCUACCUAAGCGUCUCCGACAGCCGGAGAUCGGUGACCACCCGCUCAGAGCUGCAGCCCUACCCCGAUCACCCGGAUCGCUUUACCAACUGGGCCCAGGUGCUGUGCAGAGCCGGGAUGGCCGGCCGAUGCUACUGGGAGGUGGAGUGGGCUGGGAAUGGCGGGGUCUCAGUUGGCAUCUGUUACAAGAACAUGAACAGGAUUGGUGGAGGGAGCGAUUGCAAGCUGGGACACAACUCCAAAUCCUGGAGUCUGGACUGCGUCAACACAGUUUGCUCCUUCCAGCACAACAAGGAGAGCGUAGCCAUCACGACUCCCUGUGGGAACCGCAUAGGAGUGUAUCUGGAUUACAGGGCUGGGACUCUAACCUUCUACAAUGUUUCUGAUUCAAUGGUUCUGCUUCAUAAAGAGAAGACCACUUUCACCCAGCCUGUGUACCCAGGGUUUUGGGUCGGGUUGGGCUCUACAUUGAAGUUGUGCUGUCUUUGAGUCCUGAUUAUUUAUUAGAACUUUGAAUGUUGGCCUGUAAAUAAUUAUACAGAAAUGAAACAGACAAAUUUGUGCUCUAGAUUCAGCUUUUUAAUAACCGCUCAAGCUGGGAGCAGCAUUAGCACUUUGGUGGUGAAGAUGAUUAGAUCUUGUUGAAGGCAGCAACAUCUACACUCUGGACCUGCAGAGAAAAAUGCACAAGAUGUAUUGAUGUGUCAAGUCAUUUACUUAAAGAAAUAAAGAUGAACUUAAGAGAUGA